AUGGCACAUUUGAUUACUUUAGCUACUUGCAAUUUAAAUCAAUGGGCUUUAGAUUUUGAAGGGAAUAGAGAUCGAAUUGUUGAAUCUAUUAAGAUUGCCAAAUCGAAGAAUGCAAAAUUGAGGGUUGGGCCGGAAUUGGAGAUCACUGGAUAUGGUUGUUUGGACCAUUUUAUCGAGAAUGAUUUAUAUUUGCACUCAUGGGACAUGUAUGGUCAGAUUAUUGGUGAUAAGGAAAGUCAUGGGAUACUUUUAGAUAUUGGUAUGCCUAUUAUUCAUAAAAAUAGCCGUUAUAAUUGUCGUGUUUUGUCUUUUGAUGGGAAGAUUUUGUUUAUUAGACCCAAGUUGUGGCUGGCUAAUGAUGGUAAUUAUCGUGAGAUGAGGUAUUUUACGCCUUGGAUGAAACCUAGGGUUGUUGAUGAUUUUCUUUUGCCUCCAGCGAUACAAAAGAUUACUGGACAGAAGUAUGUGCGGUUUGGUGAUGCUGUGAUUGAGACUUUGGAUACUUGUAUUGGUGUAGAGACAUGUGAGGAGCUGUUUACGCCACAGUCCCCGCAUAUUGCGAUGUCGUUGGAUGGGGUUGAAAUCUUUACUAAUUCUUCAGGCUCCCAUCAUGAGUUGCGUAAGUUGGAAAAACGGUUAGACUUGAUUUUGAAUGCGACAAGACGUUGUGGUGGUGUUUAUUUGUAUGCCAAUCAGCGUGGUUGUGACGGGGAUCGGUUGUAUUAUGAUGGGUCAGCUUUGAUUGCAGUUAAUGGGCAACUGAUUGCACAAGGAUCCCAGUUUUCUUUGCAGGAUGUUGAAGUUAUUACAGCGACAGUUGAUUUGGAAGAAGUUAGGAAUUAUCGUGCAUCUAUAAUCUCCCGUGGCUUGCAAGCUUCCACUUUUGACAAACGGUUUGAACGUGUCAAUGUUGAUAUAGCAUUGUCCUCAAAUACCAAGCAAUUUGGUGCGACAGUUUCCAUCACAAGCCCAAAGGCUGCCAAGUAUUAUCUUCCAGAGGAAGAAAUAGCUUUUGGGCCUGCUUGUUGGCUAUGGGAUUACAUUAGGCGUUCUAAUGGAACUGGUUACUUUUUGCCCCUAUCUGGUGGCCUUGAUUCUUGUUCUUCAGCGGUUAUUGUAUAUUCUAUGUGUCGGCUAGUGGUUGAGGAAAUAAAAGCAGGAAAUACACAGGUUCUAGCGGAUGCUCGCAGGUUAGUACGUAGUUCAGAUGACUGGAUACCAACGAGCCCUGCUGAGCUCUCGAGUAAAAUAUUACAUACUUGUUAUAUGGGGACCGAAAAUUCAAGUAAAGAAACUAGGGAAAGAGCUAAGAAUCUUUCACAAGCAAUCGGUUCAUAUCAUGUGGACUUAGACAUGGAUUCUGUCGUUUCUGCAUUGCUCGUGCUAUUUGAAGUGACCACAGGUAAGAGGCCGAUAUAUAAAGUGUUUGGUGGUAGCAACGUUGAAAACUUAUCCUUGCAGAAUAUUCAAGCGAGAUUGAGAAUGGUAAUAGGUUAUAUGUUUGCUCAAUUGUUACCAUGGGUUCGUUCUAUCCCAUAUUCAGGUGGACUACUAGUUCUGGGCAGUUCUAACGUCGAUGAAUGCUUACGUGGGUAUUUGACGAAAUACGAUUGUUCGUCAGCUGAUCUGAAUCCAAUUGGUGGUAUAUCCAAGGUGGAUUUAAGAAAGUUUAUCGGAUAUGCAGCCAGGGAAUUUGAACUUCCUAUGUUGAAUGAAUUUUUAACAUGCAUUCCUACUGCUGAAUUGGAGCCAACGACGGAAGAUUACGUACAAUCUGAUGAAGCAGAUAUAGGUUUGACAUAUGAGGAACUUAGUGUUUUUGGUCGUAUCCGAAAAGUGCAAAAGUGUGGACCAUAUUAUACCUUUUUGAAGCUUUUAAAUGAAUGGGGUCCAAAAUCGACACCUGCUGAAAUUGCUAAAAAAGUUAAAGAUUUUUACUUCUACUAUGCAAUCAACAGGCAUAAGCAAACCGUUAUGACACCUAGUUACCAUGCAGAACAAUACUCUCCCGAUGAUAAUAGAUUUGAUCUCAGACCAUUUAUGAUUAACCCUAGAUUCCCAUGGGCGUCAAAGAAAAUUGAUGAGAUCGUUGAACAGCUUGAGAGUAAACCACCAACAAGUGAAUUCAAAUUGGAGAUCGACUGA